CUUCCUGCACGAAUAGUGUGACAAAGCAGAGGCAGCCGGGGUACGCGUUCAGCAGUAGCGCCUGCACUGCUUAGCUGCAUUCUCGCAGAUCAGAUCUGGGGCAAGAGGGCAGCAGGCCAUGCAUAAACACAACUAGGGGAGAUAAUGGUGCCCAGCUACUCUUAGGAACUGAAGAGCUAUAGUGGUCCAUGUUUCACUGCUAGACAGUCUCUGGUUUUGCUAACAGAGGGCAGAGGAACUUGUGUUUGCUUUAUAUAAUAGGCUCCAAGUUUUUUAUUCAUCAACAAAAUUUAUUUUUUUUUCAAACAUGGGGUGCUCCUCGUCCAGUGCACAGACUGUUGAUCAAGAGAAAAGACCAGGUACAAAGCCAGAGGAAAGCAAUGGAGAUACAGUGGCACUCAGAAACGGUAUCAUCCCAGAAGAUGCACAGACCAUUGAGGACCAGAUGCAGUUGCCUGUGCAGACUGCCUUACCAGACGAUCUUCAACCGGGAGCCGAUGAUGAGGCAGAGGCCGUGUUGGUAGCCCUGGAGGCCCAGGAGGAUCUUGGCUCUGGGGAGGACCUCCUGACUGCUCCUGAGCCUCGGCCAGAAUCUGCUGCCCCUGCAGAGCCAGCCCCAGAGGCCGCUGUUCCAGCAGAGGCCGCUGCUCCAGCGGAAGCCGCUACGAAACCUGAGGCUGCUGUAGCUUUGGUGGAGGCACUUCCCUCUGUGGAAGAAGCUGCCGCUGUAGAAACUGUAGUGGCUGAGGCCGCUCCGGAGGUCCAAGCCCUUGUUGAGGCUACAGCGGAGGCCCCUUCUGAUGAAUCUGUUGUAGCUGUGCAGGCAGAGACCCCUGCUGUUGUUGAGGAGGUGGCCACUGAGGCAGCAGAGGCCUCUCCUGAAGUUGCCACCCCUGCGGUUGAAUCUGUUGUAUCAGAGCCAGCAGAGGCCUCUCCUGAAGUUGCCACGCCUGCUCUUGAACCUGUUGUAUCAGAGCCAGCAGAGGCCUCUCCUGAAGUUGCCAUCCCUGCGGUUGAAUCUGUUGUAUCAGAGCCAGCAGAGGCCUCUCCUGAAGUUGCCACGCCUGCUCUUGAACCUGUUGUAUCAGAGCCAGCAGAGGCCUCUCCUGAAGUUGCCACGCCUGCUCUUGAACCUGUUGUAUCAGAGCCAGCAGAGGCCUCUCCUGAAGUUGCCACGCCUGCUCUUGAACCUGUUGUAUCAGAGCCAGCAGAGGCCUCUCCUGAAGUUGCCACGCCUGCUCUUGAACCUGUUGUAUCAGAGCCAGCAGAGGCCUCUCCUGAAGUUGCCACGCCUGCUCUUGAACCUGUUGUAUCAGAGCCAGCAGAGGUCCCAGUGAUUGUGGAAGAGGCAGCAGCUGCAGCGGCUGAGGCCCCUGCUGAAGUGGCUGCUCCUGUGGAGGCAGAGGCUCCAACUGACAAUGCCGCACCAGCUCCUGCCUCAACCGCACCAUGUGAAUCCUCAGAACAAGGUGAAGUUUCAGCACCAGCACUAAGUGAGGCCUCAGCACUAGCUGAAGCGGUAGCCCCAAGUGAAGUUGUAGUAUCAGACGAGGCUUUGGCACCAGCUGAAGCUGCAGCCCCAGGGGAAGCUGCAGCCCCAGCUCAAGCUGCAGCCCCAGGUGAAGCUGUAGCCCCAGGUGAAGUUUCAGCACCAGAUGAGGCUUCAGCACUAGGUGUAGUCUCAGUACAGGCUGAAUCGUCAGCACUCAUUGAGGCAGCACAGCUUCUUAUAGAUCCAAAGAUUGCGGCAGCAACUAUUCCAGAGUUACCUCCAUUAUCUCCAGUCACUGUUGAGGCCCAAACUGAGCCUCAGAAGGCCGUUGAGGAGGCAACAGCACCUCCAGCAGCAACAACUGUGAGCUCAGAGUCUGCGGCAGCACCAGCGGAGGCUCCUGUGGUUGAAUCCACCCCAGCUGAAGCACCCUCGGCACCAGCCCCUGAGGCCUCACCGGAAGUGGUGUCUGCAACUGAGGCCUCUCAGGAUACAGACAGCGUGAAAGCCAAAAAGGAAGACUGAGUUGACUGAAGAGAUGCACCAAAAUAACUAAACCCCCAAAGCUACCAUUGCACAGAAACUGGAAGAAAAACAAGACAAAGCAAUAAACGCUACAUUUUCAGUAUUGUCAUCAGCGCUUACCAAACUGUACACCAGAUACGUUAAUUUGCAUGGUGCCUUGAUAACAUGUCAUUUAGGACAUUUUUCCUACAUUUGUAAAUAUAAACCUUUUAUUAUGUUUUUCUAUUGAGACCUUAAGUGCCUGGAGCCACAUACAGUACUCUACACGCAGGCCUAUGCAGAAAAAAAGGCUAUAAAAACACUUAAGAUGAGACAAGAGGGUGCAAUACUCUGUGAAAUCUGUGAACUCUUGUGAGUGUGAUUAACUAGGGAAGGGUACUUCAAAUAGCUGCUUUUGAGGAAUACAAGCCAAACGCAACUGUGAAUAAAAUUAUGCAAAGAGUUUAAGGUGACACAAACACCAAACCGGGUGGAUGAACACACCAACUAGGUUUACACUGCCAGCCUAAUUUUGUAUCCCCUAUAUUUAACUGAUUUUAAAGUAUCACAUUUUCACAGAUUUAAUUUUAAGGUUUUAAUAAGUCUACACAUUUCUAAUUGGUGUUUUAACAUUACUUAAUUAAAGCCUUUCUAAUAAGGUUCAUUUAAUUAAUAGGAAUGACAAUACUAAAUGUCAUAUAACAGUGUGGACAGUGUAAUACUGAUAAGCACUACUGUAAGUCAAAUCUGUGUUUAUUUCUGUUUUAAGUAAGGAAGGAAACAUGCAUGCAGAUGAUCAGAUGCAUAUAAAAAAGAUUAGUAAUGACAUAAUCAUUGCCAGGUUGAGGAUGCAGAUGAUAACCCAAGUUCUGAUAUCGUCUUGCUGUUCCAUGAAGCCAUUUUGUGAAGCUGCACCGCAGCUGGCAGAUGUUCAUUUAAUUAUCUUUCUGAAAAUUAAGGCGUUUCAAACUAUAAAUUCAACAACGCAUUCUCACGAACGUGGUCGUAUGAUAUUUUACAAAAACUUGUUUACACCCAUUCGUAUGAUAUCCUAUGAAAUUAGGCGACCGCUGCUUGGUCAUGUGACAACCGGUCACAUGGCAGUUAAAUUUAGCCGACAAAAGGUGACUUUUGAGCACUGUGACACAGUGAGCUGCCAGUCGUUUCAACAGCCUUUACAGUUAAGUUUAGCGGUGGCGACAGUUAAGUUUAAGCACCAAAACAAGUAGUUGCAUGGGACACGAGAAUGCGUUUCCUGGGUGCGAGUCUUGUGUUUUCCCCGGGACGCGAACUCUGCUCCACAGCCUAAAAGCCCUGUGUUUUAUGAUUUCUUUUUUAUGACAUCCAGCAGCAGUCAAUGAGGUGCAUAUAGCAAAAAAUACUGUGAAUACAUAUGAAUUAAAGUGCUCUACUUUUCGUAGCGAUAUGUACGAAUGUUGGAUGAAAACAGCCUAAUUCAAAGGCCUCUUAAGGCCUAGCAACGCUGAUGACAUAUGCACGUUGGUUUUGGUUUGUGUGUAUUACAUACAUGUGUCGCACAUUAAGAGAUCACCUAGGACAUGAUUUUUUAAUUAUUAGUUCUUAGUCUAAGUUCUUAGAAAAUUAUUUCAAUUGUGUAAGAUGUGAUGUACGGAAGUGGAGAAUGGCCGUGCUUUAAAUUAUUGUUUCAAUGCCAUUAUCUCAACAAGAUCACAAGUUAAUAAUUGGAUUUUGUUUUUUUCGAGAUCACGAGAUACUUAUCCCGAGGUAACGAAAUAAUUAACUUGGGAUCUUGAGACAACCGCGUUAAAACAAUAACAAUUGCAAGCACGGCCAUGCUCUGCUUCUGUAGUGAUGGAUAUUGUGGGAACAAAUUUGUUUUGAUGUCUGUCUUUUUUCAUCCGUUUCUUUCUCUGUAAUAUAUUCCUUACCUGAGCUUUGUCUAUGAUUCUGCUAACCUAGUGUACAGAAUAAAGUUUGAAUCACUAA